AUGUCUUUUUUAAAAAAUAUAAAUAAUGAUGGUGAAAAUAGAGUUGGAGAAGAAACUCCACUUUUAUGCAAUAAAAGAAAGUUUGGUCGUUUAAAAUCGGUGUUUGAACGGGCUUCUCUUAAAAUAAUUCUUUCUAUAUUAAAAAAAAUGGUUAUUUUUUAUUUGAUUUUUUUCGUUAUAGUAUUUUUGAUAUCAUUAAUCUUGUAUAUUGGUAAGAAAAAUAUUUCAGAAGCAUACAAAGUUUCAUUUAAUGAAAUUGAUGUUAAGAAUGUGACUAAAGAAGGUCUUAAUAUCCAAGUAUCAGGUUGUGUUGAUGUUGAUUAUUCAAACAUUAAACCUAUGAUUAUAAAAAAUUUAUGGAAAGGUUUUACAGGAAUUGUUGGGAAUUUGAGAGUAUAUGGCUUUAAUCUUAAUAUUUAUCUUCCGGAUUAUUUGGAAAAAAAAAUAGCUACAGUAAUUCUUUCCAAAAUUCAAAUAGAUAUACGAGAUCAACAUUAUACUAAUUUUAAUGAAACGACUUUUUUAAAGUUUGAUGAUUCAAUGGUUUUGAUAGAAUUAUUUAAACGUUUUUGUGAAAAAAUAUUUUAUGAUAUUAAAAUAUCUAGAGAAGCAAGUUUUCGUUUACAUUUUCUUUAUUUUUUGAUAUUUCCUGUAUCAAUUGGUAGAAUGACGACUAUUUAUAAUUUUCCUGAAACAAGUCUUGAUAAGGUGUUUGAUAUGAAUUCUCUGGUAAUUAAAGAUUCUUCAUCUGAUUUUCUUAAUGCAGAAAUUCAAUUGAGUACCAAAAUAGAUUUUUCAAUUAGCACAUAUCUUCCUUAUUUAACAUGGAAUGUAUUGGUUUCCUCUUGUGAUGAGACAAAGCACGUAAAAAUUGCAAAAAUUAAAAGCUAUUUUUUUUAUAUAAAAUCAUCAAAAAGACUUAAUAUAACACUGUUAUCACGUAUAACAUCACCUAAUAAUGAACUUAUAGACAUUUGCAAUGAUACUGGAAUUUCACCACUAAACAGAAUAGUUUCUGGAUAUUUUUCUAAAAAACAUUUAUAUAUCUAUAUGAUAGGUGAUAUUUCUGAAACUUCUAUGGAAUCAUAUGUUCCUUCAUGGUUGCUUCGAACAUUAACUACUACUGAAAUUCCUGUUCCUCUGCAUGGAUUUCCUAACACAAAAUUUAUAAAGUCAAUUAAAAUAGAUAAAUUUGUGAUGAAAAACAAUAAAGAAGAUUUUAUCUACAACUCCUUUUGGUUUCCUCCUAGUUUUUAUGGGAUAGUUAUUGUUAAAAUAGGAUUUCCGGGUGCCUUUGACUUUUAUAUAAAUAUUACACAUAUUCGUCUCAAUAUCGAAUUAUCAAGUGAUGGUAUACCUUUUUUAAAAAUAUCACAAAAUGAUUGGAUUUCUUCUACUUCUUUAAGACCAAUGCCUUCUAUAUUGUUAUUAAAAACAAAAAUAUAUGAUAAAUAUUUUAAAAUUUUAAACAUAACUGUCUUUAAAAAAAUACUCAGGGAAAAUAUUCUACAUAGAACUAAUAAUAUUGUUUUUUACAUUAAAGGUAAUGUAUCUUUAAAACUUGAUUCUCGUUUAGGUUCUUUUUAUUUUCAAAAAGUUCCAAUAUCUGGUGACGUUUUAGUUGAAUAUUGA